ACCGACUAUCAGUUACUAAAUUAUGGGACUAACGGCGCGGGCGGUUCAGCUGAAGACCUGGCACCGCCAUUUCCCAGGUCUUUCGGCUACAACUACAAUGGCAUGGACCUAACCGUGAACCGCACCAACACCGGCGGCCACUUCGGGGCCGUGCGGGAAGAGAUGCCCGGUUGGCGAACGCCCGCUACAGACGGGCAACGCUCGCUCUGUACACAGGAUUCGGUGCGCCGUCGUGCGCCACAACCGGCCAGGAUGCUGGAACAAAAGCCCUCUCUGCCAGGCCGGAGCGACGCCUCAAGCAGCAACAAUCUCAACAAAAGCACCAGCGCUCAUUUCACGGAGAUCGAGGACGCCACCGUCGCCUCCAGGCGAGAGGCUACAGCAGCAGCAGCUCCGCGCGGUUCUGGACGCAGCAACAGCAGCAGCCACACGCAGCAGCAGCAGCAGCAGCAGCAGCAGCAGCAGCAGCAGCAGCAGCACCAGCACCAGGAACCCAACGCCACCUCUUCCACCCCCACAUCAAAUGAUUGCCAAACACCACAAAUAUUCCCCUGGAUGCGGAAACUGCACAUAAGCCAUGAUAUGACUGGACCUGACGGGAAAAGGGCCCGAACCGCGUACACCCGCUACCAGACGCUAGAGCUGGAGAAAGAGUUUCACUUCAAUAGGUACCUAACCAGACGGCGGAGGAUAGAGAUAGCCCACGCCCUGUGUCUUUCCGAAAGACAGAUCAAAAUCUGGUUUCAGAACCGCAGGAUGAAGUGGAAGAAGGACAAUAAACUGAAAAGCAUGAGCCUUGUAACGGGAGGGAGCGCCUUCCACAACUGA